AUGUUCUCUCCAGUGCUAUUUUUAGUUUGUUGGCUGGUUGUCGACGUCUGCCCUCAUUCGUCAUGCCCUAAGAAGUGCACUUGCCACCAGCAGCACAUUCAACAAAAUGACAUUCAUGUCAACGACAACAACUUGCUAAUGAAACGCAGUGGCAGCUAUGCAAACAAUAACAUUCUAGAUAACAACAAUAAUAAUUACAACAACAAUAACCUGAAAGUUAUUACCAACAACAAUGUGAAUGCAUUGACCUACCAAGAAGUCCCAGCAGAAAUACAACUAACCACCUUGACAAGAGUCAUCUGUGUCUCAAUUAAUAUGAGCUCUGUCAGUAGGAAGUUCGCUGGUUCAAUUCCUCCCACUGGCCACUAA